UUAGAAAUAAUAAAUAGAUUUAUUUUAAUAAUGUUGGCUUCCGAGGAAUCUAAGUAAAUAAUGAUGUCAAUGACAUAAUUAUUGUUCGAUGGUGUUGGUUUUCGUCAAUAAAAUGUGAGAACAGAGAUGUGAAAUUGAAUAGAAAAAUGGCUUUGAAACAAGAAUCGCACAAUGAUAGUAAAUUGAAUAGUCUUGGAAUUAAAGUAAAAGGUGAUCUUGGUGACUUGCAAAUCGUUGAAAACAGCGGUAGUGAGUGUAGUGAUGAUGACGAAAGGACCGUGGAUAGAAAACAAAAAGCACACGUCUUACAAACUAUUUCUACCAUACCUACGAGUCUAAUACAGAAUCGUACAGAGCCUAUUGUCAGUAAUGUUCAGGUCCACAAUUCUGAAAAUAUCCAAUUUGGCCAUAAUACCUAUUUCCAUGGACCAGUAACAAUAAAACAAAUUAUCAAGAAAAAAGGUAUUGAUAAUGCUUCAUACACCUCUGACAAUGAAAAUGAGCAUAAUGCAACUGAUUCGACUCAGGAUGCUGAUCCACCGCCCAUGGUCAAUAAUGUAUCACCAUGGCUUAAGAUGACCCUAUCCAUCACAAUAGUUAUUGUGCUAGGAAUUGUCUGCGUACUUGUACUUUAUAUGCAAAGUCACAAUAAAGAUGAAAUAUCUUCUAGUCAUGAUGAUUCAGAAAAGGUGUCUACAAACUACACCAAGGUGGUGGGGAUGUGUUAUGACAGUUAUUUUCAAAUAUUAGUUUUUUCGAUCAUUGUGGUGCCAAUAACAAUAUUGUUAAUAUUAUAUCCGCUACUAACAUCACAUAUGGAUUAUGAUAGACACAGUUCCCAAGCAAAUGGGGUUGCCGAAGUAAUGAUUGCAGAUUAUCCUCAGGGGGAUUUCAAUGAUAGUGUUGAAAAGACUAAAAUUAAAGCGGAUCCGUUACUGAUAUCUCCAAACCACUUGCGGAUAGUGUCGCGGACGGACUGGCUCGCCCAGCCGGUGGAGAGCGAACUCCAAAAGAUACGCCAGCCGGUGCCGUGGGUGGUCAUCACCCACACUGCUACGGAACCCUGUUCCUACCAGAGUGAAUGUGUGCUGCGCGUUCGACUUAUCCAGAUGUUCCAUAUAGAGGCGAAGAAAUGGGACGACAUCGGUUAUAACUUCCUCGUAGCGGGCGACGGCUCGGCGUACUUCGGCCGUGGAUGGGAGUACAUAGGCGCCCACACCCUGGGCUACAACCGGUAUAGCAUCGGCAUUGCCUUCGUGGGCACCUUCAACUCCGAAACCCCCCCCAAAAAACAAAUCGAAGCUUGCCAAAAACUAAUCAAACUUGGCGUGCAGCAAGGUAAAAUCGCAAAAGACUACAAACUGUUCGCUCAUAGGCAGCUUACUUCCACCCUGAGCCCUGGAGAUAGAUUGUAUGACAUAAUCAAACAGUGGCCGCACUUUGUCAAAGAAGACACCAACAUAGACGAUAUAGUUCCAAAAAAUUAUUAAUAUGACUAUAUUGACCGCCAUUGUUCACUGAUAUACCUGACAAUUAAUUAAGUGUUCUUCUGUAGACUUUAAUCCUACGUGUUUCACUGUAAUUGCCUGAAAUCUAUUAUAAGUUCGUAAUAACUAUUAUACACAAAUAUUUAAUAAGUAAUACUAGAUCAGGAUACACGUAUUUCUUGAGAAAUAUUGAAUAUUCAAGAUUUAGCCGAAUGCUAAAUGUCUCUCUUUUUGGUCUCAGUCGCAUGAAGUUUGAGAUUUUUGUGAUAAAAUUAUUCAAGCAUAUCACAAGAUUCUUUUUGUUACAUUACCUAUGUAUAAAAUAUACAUUUAAACAUAAAAAACUCAUAUAGUCAAUAAGUUAUUUAACGCUGUCUCUCCCUAUAGUUGAAUUUAUUUAUUGCUAAAAAAAGGCACAUGUCGAAAACACGAUGGCCUUAAUUUAGUUUAAUUUGAACACACAAUUUUUGAAGUUUUGUGAUAGAUAAGUUUCAUUGUCCGCUGCAAAAUUUUUUGGGCAAUGGAAUAUAUCACUUAUUGACGUGACGACGAACAAAUUUACGUGAUUGCUUUCUAAAAAACUAUACAAUCCCAUUCGGUGGAUUCAUAGACGUAAUUAUUCUUAUAUUAGAAAUCUAUACGUAAGAUAUUUACUCGAUGUUUAUUUGUAGGAUCAGGGCCACGCCCGUUAGCUGUUAGUAUCUCCAGCGGCCUCAGUUCUUAUUCAAAAGUUGCAUAGGAGUAAUGACUAUUAUAAAUGCCAUAUACAAAAUGCAAAAUACAAAAUUAAUAUAAGUUUAAAGUUAAUUUUGUGUAUGAUCUUCGCAGUAAAUAUUUUAUUUCAAGACCAUUUGGAACAGCUCACAACGGAAAAUACGUAUUUUUCUGGUCCACGCAGAGAUUCAAGUAACUAUUUUUUUCUCAUAUGAUCAUUUAGUGUCGCAAUAGCAUUAUAGCUUGCUUAUUAUCUUUUCUAUCCCAGUUAUAUUUUCUUGAAUUAAGACUAAAAUUGAAGCAGUCACUUUGGUUUAAUCAAAUGAAGGUAUGUGAUUGAAUUGAACCCUAUAAGGCGUAGAUUCUUGUUCUUAAAGUCUGUAUCAAGUUGGAAUCACUGAAAGUAAGGAAUAUUAAUUGUUUCUAUCUUCUAUCUUGUCUUGUUGUCUACAGAAUUAUUAGAGAGCUCACAGACGAGUGACCAUUAUGUCGGCGACUGCUUGCAAUAGUGGUAGGCGACGGUCAGCGACUGUCGCUAACAGUCUCCGACUCGCAGCUUUCGCUGUCAUGACAUGUUGACACUUAGGAAAAUACGUUAGUUAGUGUCUUCGAGAGUCGCGAUACAUCGGCGACCUUCGGCGGUAUUCGCAGGAAACUGUCAAUGUGCCAAACGUAUUCUUCAGUUAAAAGUUAUCCGACGAUUGAAAAAUCGACCCUAAUUUGAAUAUCUGUCGGCGAAAUAUCGGCGACUAUCGCCAUCUUAAGUCGCAAUCAGUCGCCGAUAUAUUAUAUAGGACCCUCUCUUAUGGCUGAUUUACACGUAUUAAGUAGUUAUGUAGGUAACUAAAUUUUAACUUGAUUUUUCUGUCAAGUUGGUGGGCGGGGCUUGUCACUUGACACGUUUUUUGACAAGCAGUUUCAUAGUAAAUAAGAGCUUAGCGUUUGGAAUUAUGUUAAAAUUUAGUUACGUUGCAAUUUGAUCACUUAAUUAAAAUUAAGUUAAAAUUUAGUUAAAUACUUAACUACUUAAUACGUGUAAAUCAGCCUUAGGUCUCAGUAGAAUUAAAAGUUGACAAUGUCAUAUUAUGUUGAUGUUUUAUUAUACAGGAUGUCCCAAAAACAAUGGAUAACCCUGUAACCAUCGAUAGGCCUCGCCAUGGUCUUCCUAACGUCCAAUUUUGACCCCAGUAAAAAUAUCACCGUUUUCAAGAUUUUUAAGUUUUUGUGCAUUUUUAGAAAAUUGCCACCUGCGUUUACUUUUUCUCAUGCCAUUUCUACAAAUGAGGAUACUUUUCAAUCUAGUUUUUUUCCUUAUCACAAGGGAUAGUUGGGCUAUUAAAAAAAAGAUUAAAGUUCAACAAACUAGUUUAAAAGUAUAAACAUUUUAAGAAAUUGCAGAAAAGAAGGAAAGAUUAAUUCAUUGUCUUGCACUUUUGAUCAGCCAUCGUGUAAAAAAAAUGUAGGAAGACCAUCGUGCCCAUUACCUUAAAAACUUCCUUGGUAAAUUGAGAUUCUAAAAAGGUAUCACAAGCCUAUGUAUGUAUUCUGUAUUAUUUUUAUCUUAUGGCUACUUAAAUAGCAACUAGUAUGAAAACUGCAAAAAUGAGUUUUUCUCGUAAUAGUCAAACUAGGACUGCAUAGUGGCAUUAAAUACAAAUGGAAAAUUUUUAGCGUAAGAAUUUAAAUAAAGCAACAUUUUAUCAUCAUCAUCAUUAUCAUUUCAGCCAUAGCACGUCCACUGCUGAACAUAGGCCUGUACCCCAAUGAUUUUCAUAAUGACCUCUUGGUAGCGGCCUGCAUCCAGCACCUUCCUGCUUACCUGCAGGGUUCAAGUGGAGGCUACGUACCGGAAAGCGCAUCGUAGGACGUCCACCUACAAAGUGGACCGACGACCUCAAGGUCUAGUUUGUUGAACUUUAAUCUUUUCUUUUGAUACCCCAACUAUCCCUUGUGAUAAAGAAAAAAACUAGAUUGAAAAGUAUCCUCAUUUGUAGAAAUGCCAUGAGAAAAAGUAAUCGCAAGUGGCAAUUUCCCAAAAAUGUACAAAAAUUUAAAAAUCUUGUAAACGGUGAUAUUUUUACUGGGGUCAAAAUUGGACGUUAGGGAGAGACCAUGGCGAGGCCUAUUGAUGGUUACAGGGUUAUCCAUUGUUUUUGGGACACCCUGUAUACCAGAUGAUUGUUAAACAUAUUUUGUAAUGGUUUACACAGGGAUUUUGGAGCGAUAUUCCCUAUGAUCUCUGUAAUGCUACAAUACUAUAAGUUACACUGUGCUCAGUUUUAUUUAGACGACUGUUUUAUAUUUUUUAUUAGAUUUUUUUUAAAUGGAACUUCUUUAAUCUACCUUAAAAUGAGGAAUGUAAAUUGAAUACAGGGUUGCAGAUUACGAAUGACAAGUUUACUGUCAGAAUAUGUUAUCCCAAAAUGUGAUAGAAUAAUCCCAUAUAUUCAAAAUAUUGUUUGGCCCUGUAUACUAAUCAACUAGAGAUUAAUAUAAUUAUUAAAAAUGGUUAUGGGAUUUAGUAAGUAUAGUAGUUUUAUGGAAUUUAACGAAAGUUGUGUACGCAUUUAGACAAGUUUUUAUGAUCAAUUAACUUUAGCAAAGUAUAUGGGUAAUUGUGAGUGGUGUGCUGAAAUGUUUAUCGCUGAAAACAAUUGACCGGUUCCCACUAAAUACUGCAAAGAAAAAGAAAUUCAAAGUAAUUUAUCGUUAGUUUUGGAACUAUUAAUUGUAAUAAUUCCAAAACUAACGAUAAAUUACUUUGAAUUUCUUUAGAAUACCAUUCUGAGUUUGUUUAGGUAUAAUAUUAUAGUUUCAAGGUAACUGACCUUAGACCCAAUUGUAUAAAGCUUUUUUUAUCUUAUCUCACUAUAAACAUAACACUGUAUUAUCCGGCAGUUUUUUCAGGAUGUAAGUAAAUCAGUAGUCAUAUGAAUCGUUAUUUCGUCAAUUAAUAACAAUAAAAUAAGCGUAGGUUUAUACACUCAGCGGCACGGAAUUUGGCCCAAGCCUAAACAACCAGAUAUUAGGCCAAAUAGGUGUUGUAUACCUAAGUUUCGUGUGACAUGUUAACAGAACAUUUGUUUUUGAUAAUUUAAGAGGCUAGAUUAAUAAAAAAAUGCGUCUGUUUAACUUUUUUGACUCUAGAAACACAUUUCGUUGUUGAAGCGUAAAGAGUACGGGUAAGUUUAAAUUCGAUAUUAAAUAUUGUAAGGGUUUGGUGUUUUGUUUUUUGUGUUUAAAUUAAUCUUAGGGUUAUUCUCGAUUCCAUAAUUUGAGAAUAAUGCCCAUUACUCCAGCUCAAGUUGCUCAAUUAGUGUUGCUUAGAAGUCAAUGGCGUAUGCAGCGGGAGAUGGCUGAAACUUUCAAUUUAUGGCGUACAAAAUUUAGAUACACGUUAAAAAGGCAUAACCAGACCGCCAUUUACACAAGAAUACCAAGAAGUGGGGAAUUAAGGUGUAUGUCAGCGCGCGAUGACCCGAUUAUCGUGCUUGCAAUAUCAAGAAAUCGGUUUCUCACUACGUUUGAGAUACGCCAGCGUUUACAAACAUCAAGCCCAGUGAAUGUCAGUGAGCACACAAUAAGAAGAAGGAUGGAAGAACGUAACGUGCAUAAUCGAAGACCAGCUCGAGGACCAGAACUUCUCCGAUACCUUCGCGAAGUGCGACUGACGUUUUCUAGAGAACAUGCAAAUUGGACGCAAGGCUAAAGUUCUAUGGAUCGAUGAUUGCAGAGUCACCUUAAGUGCUCCAAACGGCCGUGGAAGUGUAUAGAGAAGGUGCGGAGAAGAGUUACUACUCAAACAGACAGUUUUCAUAAAGAGUUUAACUCCAUUAGUCUAACGUCAAAUUUGCAUGUUCUGUAAAACGUAAGUCGCACUUCGCGAAGGUAUCGGAGAAGUUCUGGUCCUCGAGCUGGUCUUCGAGUAUGCAGGUUACGUUCUUCCAUCCUUCUUCUUAUUGUGUGCUCACUGAAAUUCACUGGGCUUGAUGUUUGCAAAAGGCUGGGGUAUCUCAAACGUAGUGAGAACCCGAUUUCUUGAUAUUGCAAGCACGAUAAUCGGGUCAUCGCGCGCUGACAUACACCUUAAUUCCCCACUUCUUGGUCUUCUUGUGUAAAUGGCGGUCUGGUCAUGCUUUUUUAACGUGUAUCUUAAGUUUGUACGCCAUAAAUUGAAAGUUUCAGCCAUCUCCCGCUGCAUACGCCCUUGACUUCUAAACAACACUAUUUGAGCAACUUGAGCUGGAGUAAUGGGCAUUAUUCUCAAAUUACGUAAUCGAGAAUAACCCUAAGAUUAAUUUAAACAAAAAACAAAACGCCAAACCCUUACAACAUUUAAUAUCGAAUUUAAACUUACCCGUAAUCUUUACGCUCCAACAACGAAAUGUGUUUCUAGAGUCAAAAAAGUUAAUCAUACGCAUUUUUUUAUUAAUCUAGCCUCUUAAAUUAACAAAAACAAAUGUUCUGUUAACAUGUCACAAGAAAAUUAGGUAUACAACACCUAUUUGGCCUCAUAGGCUUGGGCCAAAUUCCGUGCCGCUGAGUGUAUUUUACUUAGACAUAUAAGCUAGUAUGUACGUAAAUAAGUCCCCUGUGGCACUACUCCCUUACGACUGUGGUUCGUAAUAAGAAGUCAAUUCGCUGGAGGUGACAGUUGUUAUAACAGAGAAACAUUUUUAAUCCUUCACUUUUGGUGGGAACUGACACCACCAAUCAAUGAGGGUUUUCGCGAAUGAAAAAUCCGCCAGAUGGCAAUACGUAGACGCGAGGUCCAAAUGCUGCAUGAUUGAUUAUUUUUGACAUGACAUUGACAGAUAUGUCAAAAUCCACCAAUCACGCAGCAGUCAGACCCCACAUCCACGUCCCGCCAUCUAGCGGAUCUUUCAUUCGCGAAAACCCCUUAUUGACGUAGUUUUUAAAACUGUCAAAACGAGACUUCCAUAGAUUUUGUAUGACAAUACUAGCCUGUGACGUCACUAUUUUGUGUACCUACUCUCCAAAGGUGCACAGUUGACUAUCGAUAUAUCGAAGUGUUGAAAAGUAUACAAACAAGCCACAAUGUCGGUUCGCCUCCAGGAUCGGGACCCGAAACCAUCCAGUUGCGAGGGGUAAGACAGGGAGACGUCAUAUCUCCGAAACUGUUUACCACCGCCAUGGAAGUUGUCUUCAAGCUUCUGGACUGGAGGAGAUUUGGCAUAAAUACCAACGGCGAGUACAUCACCCACCUUCGAACUUCGAAGUGGCAGUGGGCGGGGCACAAAGCUCGUAGAGACGAUGGCCGUUGGGGCAGAAAAGUUCUAGAGUGGCGACCACGGGCUGGAAGACGUGGCGUGGGCAGGCCUCCUACUAGUUGGACCGACGAUUUUCUAAAGGUCGCGGGAAGAGCCUGGAUGCGGGCAGCCCAGGACCGUUCAUUGUGGAAAACCUUGGGGGAGACCUUUGUCCAGCAGUGGACAGUCAUUUGGCUGAAACGAACGAUAGUAAAAAUGGUAUCUGCCAUGCCAUGCCAUAGUUUAUGGUAUUAAAUAUAAUAUUUAUGCCUCAUUUGUCAAAGGGAAUUUUAAAUAUUGCCUGUCAUGACAACUAGUUGCACCAGCUUUAGUAUGUAAGCGAUCAAAUAGUUGUAUUUAAAUAAUUAAUGUAAUUUUAUAUAUUAAAAAUGAAAUCCUAUUUUCACAAAAAAAUCGCAAACAAACACUCACUACUGCACACAUUAAAAACCAUCUUUCGGUUUCUGUAAAACAUGUACGGAAUUAGUGCUGUAUUGUGUUGGUUUGUGAAAGGGGCUUUAUAUCAAGAAAGUAUUGAAAUAACUAAUAUUUAGUAAUAAUAAUUCGAGAAAUUGAUAAGGAUGUGAUGGUAGUUUGACAUUUUAUAUUAGUUUGACAGUUUUAUAUAAUUCAUUGCGGUUUUUUUACAGCUGUUUCCAUUUUAAAGCUGAAAAAUCAUCAUUUAUCUAACAUUUUAAACGUAGCACUAUACAAUCGGUGUAUUAAAAGUUUUUAAAAUUUUACAAUUAAAUUGAGCUGAUUGGAUAUAAUCAACUUUAAAGUUUAUAAUGUACCUAUUUUACAGUAGAAUUUAUUUGUGGUAUAGUCCAGUAGAAUUAGAUUUUAAAUCGGAAAUAAUUCCUACAAAAGAUUUUAUUGCUUUAAUGGCUUCAUUGGUUGCCCAUUAAGACUCUCCUAGGUUUUCGACUUCGACGGAGUUGUGCUUAAGUAAUGGGGGCCCCCGAAAGGGGCGCUUUUUAGGUUUUCCGGUUAUACCGCGUGAAGGACUUACCCUAUCGAAAAGUGGUCUUCCUGACGGUUGAAGGGCAUUUAAUCCUGCGUUAAAUAAGACCAAAUUCAUAUGUUUUGGACAAACCGUUCUCGUGCAAAUGUUCGGCAAAGUAGAAAAUAUGUGUAUAAUUAAUGACCCUCUCCACGUCCAAUAGCUCGUCACCCGUAGGCUCCCAAACCUUGUAAAGGGUCGCCUUAACCAGCGUAUCCCUGUCAAGGCUCACGAGUUGGAUUCGCUUAUCCUUGUUCGUCCCAGCCGUUCCUUAACUGCGGUUGCUGCACCUCUUCCUGGCACUCUCCUGAACGACUCUGUGUUACCUAAUGUGGCUGCCCCUCUUCCUUGUACUCUCCUGUACGAUUGCAUUGCUUAGCCAUAUGCCUGGUCCAAGGUUCGACGCCACAAAAUCAACUUCGUACGCGUGAAAAUAAUUUAAAUACUAUUUUUCGUGCUUGCAACAUUUUUCUUUACUGCUUCGCCUCUAUUAGUCGUAGAGUGAUUGUAUAUAUCCUAUAGCCUUCCUCAAUUUAUAAGCUAUUCAACACAAAAAUAAUUAUUUCAAUCAAACUAGUAAUUCUUGAGAUUAGCGCGUUCAAACAAACAAACAAAAAACUCUUCAGCGUUUUAAUAUGAACUUGUUGUUGUUGAUUUUUGGCGUCGAACCUUAGACCAGGCAUACUGCUAGGAAACGUAGUCGUGCAGGAGGAUACAAGGAAGAGGGACAGCCACAGUAGGUAACACAGAGUCGUUCAGGUGAGUGCCAGGAAGAGGUGCAGCAACCGCAGUUAAGGAACGGCUGGGACGAACAAGGAUAGGCGCAUCCAGCUCGUAAGCCUUGAUAGGGAUACGCUGGUUGAGGCGCUCCUUUUCAAGACUUGGAAGCCUGCGGUUAACGAGCCAUUGGACGUGGAGAGGGUCAUUAAUUAUACACAUAUUUUCUACUUUGCCGAACAUUUUCACGAGAACGGUUUGUUCAAAACAUAUGAAUUUGGUCUUUUUUAAUGCAGUAUUAAAUGCCUUUCAACCGUCAAAAAGACCACUUUUCGAUAGGGUAAGUCCUUUACGCGGUAUAACCGGAAAACCGAAAAAGCGCCCCUUUCGGGGGCCCCCACCACUUAAGCACAGCUCCGUCGAAGUCGAAAACCUAGGAGAGUCUUUAUGGGCAACUAAUGAAGGCAUUAAAGCACUAAAAUAUUUAGUAGGAAUUAUUUCCGAUUUAAUUCAUUUUUGUGUUUAAUUCUACUGGCCUAGUAGGUUUUCAAAGAUAUGUUAAGAUUUUUUGUGCAAUGACUAAAAGUCUUGGGAAGUAUGAAAUUGCAUUAAUACAGGGUUUAAAAGGACAGGUUACCAAAAUUUUGAGGGUAAUUUUAUGUAUUAUGAUUCCCGAGUGGGAGACACUCUUGAGCGUAAGUAGUGGGUAUAGUCGCGAGGAGAGGGCAGAAACCCCUAAAAGAAAGUGGUGAAAUAUAAUGUUUUUAUUUUAGGUCAUUAUCAAACGUGGAGGAAUAGUCCAUAAUAUUAACUUCUUGGCUAUAAUAGGUUAUUAUACAGGGUGUUACUUUGCAUUCUUGCCAUAUUUACAGAGGUUACUAUAUUACUGAUACUGAACACAAAUCCGUAAAAAAAUAAUGCCCGAAAAAUUUUUUUUUUAUCUUGAGUAUUUUAUUUUAUCGACAAUCUGUUAAACACAUCACUAAUUAUCGUAACGCGUGCACAUCACUUGUUGGCGAUGGCGAUGAAGACUUUUUUACUUUUUAUUGUAUUUUUAAAUAUCUAUUGCAAUCUAUUGUCUUUAAAAUGUCUUUUUGACACUUGUAAAAAACUGAGAAAUCCAUCAAUCACAAAUCACGUUAUAAAUAAUACAAAAAUGUCUGAAGCGUAUUCAAACAACGAAUAAUUCAAAAUGGUGCUUGGAGUGUCUGCAAGACGUCUUAGACGAAAUGCUUGAUGACGUACCCUUAGCGUUACACCAAAUGCUCUACUACCAGCAGGAUGGUGCUCCUGCUCCCCCACAAUAAGGACGUCAAGUGCGCGUAUAAUACGUUUGGUGAACAGUGGAUUGGACGAGGGGUCCAGUAGCUUGGCCACCACGAUCCUCGGACCUGACACCAAUGGAUUUUUGGAGUGACUUGAAACGACUGGUAUGCGCAGAAGAGAUAAACAGUGUAAACGCGUUACAUGAAAGGAUUGUUUUAGUGAAACUGUGAGACAAAACGUUUGUGUUGCGAAAACUAAAGCGAAAAACCUACGCUUAGCCGUGCUAGACUGUGCCUUCAUCAGAAAGGAGGACACUUUGAACACUUGCUUCGCAGUACGUAAACUUUGUAAGUAGGAACUUAUAAAUAAAUAAUUAAUUGUGAAUAAGGUGAUUUCAUUUCAUACUUAAUUUAUUAAUUUGUAAAAAUAGGGUACAAUGUUAAAAUUAAUUAAAACCCUAAUAAUUAUUACGUAUUUUUGACGGUCCUAAGCCCGUAAAGUAGAAAGGAAAAUCUGAAAUCAACUGAAGAGUAUUUUAAAAUAAUUAUUAUGACUGGAUAAAAAGGCUGGUACCCAGAGCCAUAAAAUUAAGAACUAGGCCACGCCCACUAGGUUUAUUCCACUUGCACCUGUAGAACGUGCGAGACAAAAUGGGUUUAUUCCAAUUUGUACUGAAAAACCAAAUUUACUAAAAUCUUAGUGUACUUUCUUUAUGGGAGUCUCUUGUUUAUCUUAAAUAAUAGGUAUUGUUCCCUACUUUUAUCUCUGUGAAUAUGGAAAGAAUGCAAAGUAACACGGUGUAUUUUUUUAAGUUUAUAAAACAUGACCAACUUUGAUGAUAUUGUGAUUUGAUUCAGAUGCAUUUAAUAUUUUGUUAUUCACUUGUUAUUUUGUUAAUCUUGUAUUUAUAUAUAUUCUUAAUAUUGUAUUGAAUCAAAUUGAAAAUAAUGAAAUCUGAUGUCUUGAAAGACUUUAAAUCAUGUAGAUUUGGUAUAUUUUUUUACUUUGACAACAUUUUGGAAUGUUUGUGAUGUACCGUAUCCAUGUAAGCUAUUGAUAAGUUUUAGUAGGUACAUAAAAUGUAAUGAACUAUCAUCGUAAUAAGAGAUUACCUUAUAUUAAUCAAAUAUCAUUGUAUUUGUUGAGCGUAGAUACAGGCUUAAUAGUGUAGAAGUAAACAUAAAAGUCACUAGCUCUGUACAACUAACUAAGCUUCAAGAAAAUUAGACUUCAAUAUCACGUGAAUACGGAGAGAUUACGCGGGGAAUACAGCUCAGCCCUACAGAGAUCUAAUUUAAAAAGAUUUUUGGGAAUUGAUCAAGAAAAGAAUAGUGCCAGGGUCUGGACCAAGUGCUGCCCAGAAUCAACCCAUAGUGCAUUUUGUUCCUCAGGCCAAUACUAAUGUGUAAACCGAAGCGCACUUAAAUCUAUCCCUGGAGUUAAGAGAAAAAAAGAGUUUUGUUUUGAAUUAUUUACAUACAAAAUAUCAUCGAUAUUAUACGUACUACCGUAGUACUUAUUAUUAUUCUGUGGUACUACGCAUAAGAUUUCGUGAUUUUGGCAUUAAAUAACACUCGCUAUGUUGAACUUAACCAUACUGCAUCCGUACACCUUACUUUAGUGCGACUUAGACAUUCUUUAUAAGCGAUCUAACGCUGUUGCAAUAUUUUAGUUAGUUGACAGAAAUCAUUAUUUCCAAAACGAAGCAAGAAGUUUUAGUUGUCUAUCCUUGCGAAAAAUCAAUUUAUUGGUGUAUUAAAAUUGAUUAUUGAAGUUAUUGUAAGCUAAAACUUCUUGCUCCAUUUUGGAAAUAAUUAAUUUCGGUCAACUAACUAAACUACUGAAACAGCGCUCGAUCGCUUAUAAAUUAUGUCGAAGUCGUACUAAAGUAAGGUGUACGGAUGCAGUAUGGUUAAGUUUAACAUAGCGAGUGUUAUUUAAUGGCAAAAUCGCGAAGUCUUAUCCGUAGUAGGUAUACAUCGAUGAUAUUUUGUAUGUAAAUAAUUCAAAACAAAAUUCUUUUUUUCUCUUAACUCCAGGGAUAGAUUUUAGUGCGCUCCAGUUUACAAAUUAGUAUUGGCCUGAGGAACGAAAUGCACUAUAGUUUCAUUCUGGGCAGCACUUGGUCCAACUUCCAUACAUGGAUUGGCACUGUCCUUUAUCCAUUGAUCUUGUUGUGGUACCAAGGUUAAGUAAGCCCGAAUGCAAUAUUAUAUGUAUACUUUUUGAUGCAAUAAAGUAUGCUCUAGUGA